AAGUUUGAAGAAAUCUACAUUGCAAUGUGACCCUGAAGAAAAGCAGCAGUGAAUAUAAUAUGAACGUGAUGUAGCUUUCUUCCAUUCUACCAGAGAGACCAAGCAUCCCAUAAUCAGUUCCAAAUUACAGAACAGGAAAUUGGUUUAUGUUCAAAUUGGUGGAUGAACAAAAUACAUUUAGUUUUUAACACAUUUACUUGGUAUAUUACCCUUAUGAAAUGAUUUAAAUCAAGAAACAAUAUUUAAAUAGGCAGUUAUUUACAACAAGAAUAGACUCUGAUUCCAUAUAGAAUAAUCUCAUUAACGUGAUAUGUCUUAGUUUCUUUAUUGCUUAAAAAGAAAAAAAAAAAAAUCAGUAAGUCAUUUAGGGGCUGGUGUAAGGAUAGCGGUCAGGCAAUUAUUUUUCACUGCUGCCCAUGUAAGCUUAAGAGCAAUGCAAAUUUCUCAACACAAGCUGCAAUCGUGAUAAUGAAAGUGAGUCGCAGUGAGCACCACCUGUGGGUCUGGCUAUUUAGCAGCCUCACUUACAUCCCAGAGGUGAGCUGAGUGAAUAGGAGGAAAGAGAGCUGUAUGGGUUUUGUACAGCACAAAAAUCAAACAAACAUAAAUAUUAAAGGAAGGGCAGCAAAGUCCUCUUGGCGCACAGAAAAAAAAAAGCCUUGUUUCCGCUGCUGGCUGUGCCCCGACAUGCAGUAAACUCAAUUCAGAGUCCUUAGGGCUGAGGUCACUCAGGAUGAAAUUGAGUUUUUUUUGGAAAAGCCUCAGCCAACAUCAGCUAUGCUACCAAAGGGGCCAUAUGGUCCUCUGCAGUGAAGAAAGUCAGUGCUGUUGGUGUUACCAGGAGGCCAGUCAACCGGGGUGAUGAAAAGGUGACGGGACCUGCUGUGGCGAACAAAAGCGAAACUUGCAACUCAGCACAGGCAUGAAGCAGCAACAGGAGGAGGGCUGCUAUCCACAUCACAGCUGAUACUGCUGGAGAGGCAGGCGAAGAGGACAAUCCAUCCCAAACAAAGUGACCCUGGGUUUAAAUAUGCAGGGUCUUCUCCAUCUUACCCUUCUCCUCCAAAAAUGUUCCUGCCUGUCCUCAACAAAAGCCAAGUGUCCCCACAUUAGGAAGUGUACCACAGCAGCCAUCCUGAGGCCAAUGACAAGUCUCUGAAGGUGUGUGCGUUUAUACAACUCUUAAUUACUCGCUUCUCCAAUAGUUAUCACCUUGUCAGAUAAGGUGCAAUAUUUCUGGGGGGACAGCAAUUGCCCAAGUGCAAGGCAAAAUCCUUACAUCUCAUUAUAAUGUUUCCAGAUCCCCGCCUAAUUCCAAUGUUAGUCUAUUGUCCACCUGUUAUACUCGGUCGGUAUCAUCAAAACAAUGGUAAAAAUCGUCCAUCCCUGUGGAACAGGUGUUGCCUAAGGGGAGCUCUGACUUCAUGAGAAAACACUAGAGAGCUUGCUGCAUGAAUUCAAUUAAACAUAAGCAAGAGAGGGGUCAGUGCUCACCUCAGUUACCGUUUUGAAUUGUAAAUGAAGUUAUUUUAUUGUUUCAAUUUUUCAAUCUGUGCAUGAGCUGCAACAGCACAAGUUGAAUGUUCAACAGUAGCUUACUCUCUUAAGAUGCAGUUGAAUUGCAUAGCACACUGGCUGAAAACUGACUUCUAUUAUUAUGGUGUUUCAUUCCAUUUACAAAUCUACAGUAGAAAACAUGUUUGAGGUUUUGAAUCAUACACAUGUGAGGUAUAUAUCUAACAUCUUGCUCACAAUACUGGUCGUUUUAUUGCAAGUACGCUCAUCACAGCUCAAGAAACCUGUUCCCCGACAGGCUGAAUCAAUCAGCAAUAAUUUGACUGGGUUGCUGUGUGCAAUAGCCAAUGUUACUGCAUUAUGUUUUUCAACACAGGAAACCUGGACGGAGUACGAUACCCAGAAUAGGUUUGCGACAAAACGCUUCAUCGUGUAUCUGUUGCAGAAAGGCCACCAGAUUCAAAAUUGUUUUUCUUACUUUGUGAUCAAUCAGAUGGUGAAACUGUGCUACAUUUGGGCGGAGUGACCAAAAUACGUCUCGUUUUGCCAGCUCCCUCUCCCUUUCUCCCCCGACCCCCUCCGCUCCCGUUGCUGAUGCUUUCUUACUCCCCUGCUUCUUCAGCUCGUGCAGAGGCUUACAAAUGAGGUGGAUGCUGCUCGCGCAGCAGCCCUCGUUCCCUGCGUUUACCGCUGAAGACAAAUACCAUUCAAUGCAGCAAACAAAAAAAAAAAAAAAAAAAAAAAAAAAAAAACAAAACCUUUCGCCUUCAGUACCAAGAAAAUAUCACAAUAAGGACAUACUCAUCAGAUUAAGAUGCUGCUUCUUGUGCAAAAUACUCACGAGGUCUUGAAAAUUUAAAGAGCUGUGCUUAUCAGGUGCUUAAGAGACACAUGGGAAUUCUAGGUGUUUUGUGACAUACCGAACUGGAUAAAGAUGAACCUUACCAAUAAAACACCAGACUUGGUAGAUGAAAGCCUAGCGUUUGCCAAUGCCACACUAGAUGAGCAAUUCUCAAAUGGGACUUUUAUUCACACUGCUACCCUGGUUAUCUGUUCUUUUCUACUGGUCAUUAUAUUCUUCCUGGGGUCCUAUGGGAACUCCAUAGUCUUCUUAUCGUUCUUUGACCCAGCCUUUCGAAAAUUCAGGACCAACUUUGAUUUCAUGAUCCUGAACCUGUCCUUCUGCGAUCUGUUCAUCUGUUGCGUCACGGCGCCGAUGUUUGCCUUUGUCUUGUUCUUCGACACCGGCAGCAGUGUCUCCAAGGAGUUUUGCUUCACUUUCCACUUGACCAGUUCUGGGUUUAUUAUAAUGUCUCUCAAGACCGUAGCCGUCAUCGCUCUUCAUCGCCUGCGAAUGGUGCUCGGCCAGCAGCCUGACAGAACGGCCUCCUUCCCUUGCACGUUAAUGCUCACCAUCCUUCUGUGGACCACAAGUUUUACCCUGGCCACCUUGGUUACAUUGAGGACUUACCCCUGGCAGUCCAAGGUUUGCCUGCCACACUUUGGGUUGAUAAGCGGGGACGGCAAAAUUAUACUCUACCUGUAUCUCACUGACUUCGCCUUUUGCGUGGGGAUUGUCUCUGUGUCUUAUGUUAUGAUAGCCCAGGCAUUAAGAAAGAAUGCUCAAGUAAGAAAAUGCCCCAUAAUAACUGUAGAUGCCUCCAGACCUCAGCCCCUAAUUGCCACUGGCUUUGAGGGUGUACAAUGCACCGUGCCUGCAUUGUACAGAAACCAGAAUUAUAACAAACUGCAGCAUGUUCAAACGCACGCCUAUACCAAAAAAAUGAGUCGGGGCCUAGCACCAGUAGGUAAGUUCCAUCUGGUGUCCUCGGUCAACCUGGCCACGGUGAAGGACUCCAAAGCUGUGAUCACGUGCGUGGUCAUAGUCCUCUCGGUCUUGCUCUGCUGCCUCCCGAUGGGAAUCUCCCUAAUCCAGGAUGUUCUCUCGCCAAACAGCAGCUUUCUCCUAUACCAGUUUGAGCUCUGUGGAUUUACCUUGAUUUUUUUUAAAUCUGGCAUAAACCCCUUUAUAUAUUCACGCAACAGUGCUGGCCUCAGGCGGAGGGUACUUUGGUGCAUCCAGUACGUUGCUGUAGGCUUUCUCUGCUGUAAACAGAAGACCAGGCUCAGAGCUGUGGGCAAAGGAAGUCUGGAGGUCAACAGGAACAAGUCCUCCCACCACGAAACAAACUCUGCCUACGUGCUGUCUCCCAAACCCCAGAGGAAGUUAGUUGACCAAGCCUGUGGCCCCAGCCACUCUAAAGAAAGUGUAUUGAGCCCCAAGGAUACUGGUGGCUACCAGCCUCAUGCCCAGAGCAGCAUAACACAUAUCAACACUCACAUUGAGCCUUACUACAGCAUUUACAACAGCAGUCAAUCACAAGAGGCCAGUUCCCCAGCCAGCCUGCAGCCUGUCAACUCCACCUUUGGAUUUGCCAAGUCAUACGUUGCCAUGCACUACCAUACAAGGAAAGACUUGAUACAGGACUAUGAGAGUACUUCAGCAAGGCAUAUACCAGUGCCAUCAGUGUAACAGUGUCACAGCAGUGUAGCAGACAGGGUCAGAACAACAUUCACUUCCUUUAUCCAUGAAUGCUUUUGUAUGCUAUUUUAUUUAUCUGAAUGAAUGCAUUUCCAUGUCAUCGUUAUGUUAAGGGGAUGUGGUGCCUGUUAUCGAAAUGCAAAUAAAAUAAAUAAAUAAUAAUUUCUGAAGUAUUAUUAUUAUUAUUAUUAUUAUUAUUAUUAGUCAGUCUGUUGUGUUACGACUGCCAGAUUCUAUUUUUUCAUCAGUAUUGCAUUUCUCAUUAUAAACUCCUUGUAUAAUCAAAGUGCAUCUUUUUCUUCAUAUGGACUGUAUGUGGAAUUCUCAUACAUUGUUUACUAAUGUAAUGUAUUACAAAUGCAUUUCCUGUUGAAACAGUGUUUCUGAAGCUUGUAGUUAUGUUAUAUAUUAAUAAAGAUUGCC